AUGGUAGUGCCUGCUGAUUGUUUCAUAAUGAAGAGAGCUGGUUCUUGGUCAAAUGGAAUGCAAUUGAAGAAGCUCUUCCUGGCAGAAAGCCCCCCUAGGAGUAGUACAACAAGACAUAGACGUGUGACAGAGAAGACCAAGGAGCUUAUCAAAGCUAUUAAAGCAUCAGAGAAUGAUGAAUAUUCACAUGCUCAUAAUCAGACUGCCUCCCUAUCAGGUGGUGCUACUGAUGCCAAUCAUAGCUUAGAUGUUGGGUCACAUCAGUCAUCUGAUGAUUCUAUUUCAGAAGAACUAGGGAGCAGUGUCUUAGGUCUAAAAGUAAAAUCCACAAAACACAUGAUGAGAGUGGAGAGGCAGAGGUCCCAGCAAAGGAGGAAAGCUCAUGAAGGUACUGGUGAAGUUGCUCCAUUGCAUAGCAAGAAGUUGAAGACAAGGCAAAGUGCUAGCUCUGGUUCUAGUACUGCUGGUUCAAGUGAGGACAUCCUUGCUGCUGUGGACUCUGAUCUGCAUUCUUCAGCACUAAUGCCUAGAUCAAGUAGAGGGCCCUCAGUUGAUGCUGAUGUGAGGUAUUCAGUCUUCUCAAGCUCAAAGGCUGCCUCAUCUUCCAUGUCUCAAGGUCAUCCUUUUGCUCGAUCUUCUGCUGGAGGCUCAUUGCCUCUCAUGAGACAUUCUCCUAAGAGUGCAGGCUUACCAGAGCCACUGAUCAAAUUGAUUGUCCACAUUCAUGAGACUACAAGAGAGAAUCAUAAGCUCCUGAAAUCCCUUCUUGAAGUCAUUGAGAAAAAGCCAUUUGAUUUUGGAUCUCAUACUGAGCCUCCAUUCAGCUGUCCACAGCUCCCUGUAUUGGAUGAGGAGGGGUUGGAGAAACUGGAGCUGUGUCUUUCUGAUCAAGAUGAUAGAGAACAAAUGAAGAGACUGCUGAGUGCACUUGGAGGAAGAAGUCCUCGAGAAAUCACUGGAAGACUCCUUCAAGGCUUGAUGGCAGAUGACCUUGCAGUUCAGUUCAAUUUUGAGGGAAGGGGAAGUAAACAUGCAUUUCGGGAUCUCUGCACAUUUGAAGUCCUCAUUGAUGUUGGAAUGAAACAUGGAGUCACAAAGGCAGAGAUGGAGAGGGCAAUCAAAUCGUGGCUCCGACAUGCACCCGAAAGGGCUUCACGUGCAGGACAGAAACACCUAGAAUGCAAGUUGAAUGGAAGUGGCUCCCAAGACAAGGAGGAGGAAGAAGAGGAAGCAUAUAGAAUGAGCUGUCAUUGGCAUGCAAAGGAGUUCAGCUCUGCAGAGGAUAAGAAGUUGGCAUUGGAUGCAAUAAUUGGUGAUGAGCACAAUCUGGACGAAGUCUCGGCAACAGAGAGAGAGGACCAAGACCCCCUUUGGAAGCACCACAAGGGAUGGAGGAACAAAGUGGAAGUGCAUGGGAACAUUCAUCGAAUGUAUAAUCUCAAGCACACAUGA